UAAAACUUGCCCCUUAUCAAGUUAUUGCCACUGAACACAUAAAACAAAAAAGUUAACAAAUAAUUUUAAUUUGCAUAUUGCAGCUUAGCCUUAAUUGUUUUGUGUAGUGUGUGUGUUGUGUCUAUUGUGAAACAGGCAACAUCAACAUGUGCGCUAAACGCUUGCUAACAGUGCGUGGGUGUAAGAGACGUUCCAUGUAAAAUUCAGAUAGGGGACACUAAUCGUACUGAACGAAGAAACCAACAGACAAACAAUAACGGGGCGGCGGCAACAAUAACAAUAAAAACAACAACAACGAAGACGACGACUAUUUCGCUGUUGCUGCUCGGCGGCUUUGUCUAGUGACGAAAGCAAAACUUGUAGCGUAUCUUCAAACAUACAAACAACAAAACCAAUGUGCAGGAUGUGCCGCAUUGAUAUCCGUCGCUUUUGUGAAGAAUGGCGUAUCUGGAUAAAGCCGCUCCUAAUUGUCACCUAUGCGAUAUUCGCGAUAAUUGUGGUGCCGCUGCUUAUUGUAAAUUCGGUGAAGGAUGGCUUUAAGCAAAAUGAUCAGCUUAUACUUAUCGGAGGCCUCUUUGUACUCUCCGCCGUGCCAAUUUCCAUUUGGCAUAUCAUACAACACGUCAUCCAUUUCACAAAGCCCAUACUACAAAAGCAUAUAAUACGCAUACUGUGGAUGGUGCCCAUCUAUGCGUUGAAUGCGUGGCUGGGCUUGCUUUUUCCCAAGCAUUCCAUAUACGUGGACUCGCUGCGUGAGUGCUAUGAGGCGUACGUUAUUUACAAUUUCAUGGUUUACUUGCUAAACUAUUUGAAUCUCGGCAUGGACCUGGAGGCAACGAUGGAAUAUAAGCCACAGGUGCCACACUUCUUUCCGCUCUGCUGCAUGCGUCCCUGGGUUAUGGGCAGAGAGUUCAUCCACAAUUGCAAGCACGGCAUCAUGCAGUACACUGUAGUGCGACCCAUUACGACAUUUAUCUCAGUCAUUUGCGAAUUAUGUGGAGUUUAUGGCGAAGGCGAGUUUUCAGCCAAUGUGGCCUUUCCCUAUAUUGUGGUCAUUAACAAUAUCUCACAGUUUGUGGCCAUGUACUGUCUGGUGCUCUUCUAUCGGGCCAACAAAGAGGACCUGAAGCCCAUGAAACCAAUACCGAAAUUUUUGUGUAUUAAGGCUGUUGUGUUCUUUUCGUUUUUCCAAGGUGUGCUGCUCAAUGCAUUGGUAUUUUACCAAAUUAUUGUCUUUGGUGACGUCGGUGAGGCUAAUCUGGCCUCAACGCUUCAAAACUUUCUCAUAUGCAUAGAAAUGUUUAUUGCGGCUGUGGCGCACAUUUAUAGUUUUCCGCAUCACCCAUUCCAUAUUAAUUCGCCACAGUAUUGGAAUAAUCCGAAUCACAGCUGGUGUCGAGCUUUUCUCUCCAUGAUGGACAUCUCGGACAUGCAGGAGGAUGUGACGGAACAUUUGGGCGUAGUUAGCAGCUCGAUAAGUCGUCGUUUUCAGGGUCGCAGUACAUAUCAACCACUGGCGCGUGGUCCACGUCGUUCAAGUAGUGAGUCCGAGUACUUAAUUGGCAAGCGGCAGGAGCAGACGAUGCCAAGUGGCAGCUCCCCACAAGCAGCAGGCGCCGAUGUAGCUGGUGAUAUUAGCAAUAGCAACAAUUACCAACAACAACAACUUCACUUGCCGGGCGCCAACUUGAAACAGUCGACGCGUCAACGUGACACAAAUCAACAUCUGCGCGAACGAGAUCAACAACAUUUUCUUGGCGGUGUUGGGCCGCCACAAGCGGGUGGCAGCAGCUUUUUGCAGGCGCGUACUACUGCCUCGGCGGCAGCUCCGAUACCCGAGUCCAACGAUGAUUAUGCGCUCCUGCUGGGCGCGGGCAGAUGACAACGUUAUCAGCAAC